AUGGAAAAGGCGGCGACAGUGGCUGUUGCGGGAACAGCUGAGAGGGCAGAGGCUCUGGUCAACGCUGGUGUUCGCGGUGUCACCGUCUCACCUGCUUGGUCAGGCCUCUCGUCGCACCUGACCGCAGCGUCAGAGGAGAUGGCUCGCUCAGUGGGUACCAUGGAAGAGUACGUCGUCACUGUCCUCGCCCACUCGUCGGUCGAACUGGCAGACGAGCUCGCCCAGCUGAGCAAACGUGUGGCAAAGCAAGCCAAGGAGAAGCGCAAGCUCGAGGAUACGCUGGAGAAGAUCGACGCCGCGUUGCGCAAGUCGGCCACCGCCGCGCUCGCCAAUCGCCAGCUGGUCGAAUCGGGCUCAGAGAAGGAGAAGAAGAAGGCAACCAAGAAGCAGGCCAAACUCGAGGCCUCACUUGCCACCGCAGAGGCCGCCGCCGAAGCCACCCGCGCUCACGUCAUGGCCUUUCGCUACGCCUUUGUCGUCGAAGGCGCAGAAAUUACCAACUCGUUUGACAAAUGGAACAUGAAGCGCAAGUCACUCCUCCUACAGCUCUUUCGCAAGCUGCUCACCACCUUGGAGAUGGCCGCCGCCGCUCUCAACAAGGCCCCCGACCUCACUCGCCUCGCCCCACAGCUCAUUCCACCGGCUGCGCUCCGUGACGCCCUCGCUGCCGGCGCCAACCCGACAACCGAGAUCGAUCGCGCCAUUGCCAUCCUCACAGCUGGCGUCGGCGAGUCGCAGGCCCUCCACUACAUUGGCACCAAACUCGCCUCGUACUUUUCAGACUACUCGAAGAAGCUGCGCAAGGCCGCCGCCGCCGCAGACUCCUCGGGCUUUGCCGCCACCGAGGAGGACUCGUCGCACUCUCGAGGCUGGGCUGAGCUCGUCGCCGCCCUCGCCAAAGUUGCCGAGGACUACGAAGCCGCCUCGGUUGUGCUCGGCCAACUCGCCUCCGGCCCGCUCUCGCGCCAUACCGGCAAGGCCACGGCCGUGCUCAAGCGCAUUUCUGCCCUCGUGAGCUCGGCGCAGCGCGACCAGGUCAAAUGGAAUGACAAGGUUGUCAAGGCCCGUGCAAAGUCGAACAUCACCGCCGCGGCCGAAGCUGAAGAGCGUGUCGCCGCCCUCGCUGCAGAGGUCCGCUCCAUGUACCCUGCGCAAAUCGGCGCCGCAGACAAAGCUGAAGCCACCCGUGCCGCCUCGUUUGGUUCGGACAUUGUCAAGGUCGCCAGCCAGGUCUACUCGACCUUCCACGCUCUCCGCAUCUACCUCGCCCCGGCCGUCUCCAGCAUGGACGACUCGUUCACCUCCUUGCGUGCCGCCACCCACUCCUUUGCGCGCACUGCUGGCUUUGACGCCUCGCUCGCCACUGACUAUGCCCUCUCCGAAGACUCCAAGGCCUUUCCUAAGCCGUUCUCCCUAGCUGCAGGCACCGCCAUCCACUCGUUCUCCGACUCGGCCGAUCCCACCGCUGCUGCCGCUGCAGAGGCCGCACACGCACAGGUCGAGGCUGCCCGACAGGCCUCGCUUGCCGCAUCUAAGUCCAAGUCCAAGUCCAAGUCGCAGCCCAAGUCGGCGUCAGGUACACUCUCGUCUGGCUCGUCGUCAUCCAGCUCGGCCUCUGUAUCGGGAUCGGGAUCGGGAUCAAGCUCAUCGUCCUCGGGCUCCGACUCGUCCUCCGACUCGUCUUCGGGCUCGUCGUCUUCAUCGUCCUCGUCUUCGAGUACCGCCAAGAGAAGAAAGUCCAAGGCAACGCACAAGCCAUCCAAGACCGAGGUCCAGCCGCCGCCGCCGAUUGUCAAUCGGACGGAUAACGGCAUGGCGCUCAAUACAGGCGAUGCGUCAGGGACGCCGAGCCCGCCCUCGUCACUCGGCUCACUUGGCCCGCCGCCAGCGCUUAGCUCGCUUGGUCCGCCGCCGGCUCUAGGAUCAGAUGACGAGCUUCUGAAGGCUGCUAUGAUAACCCCAUCCGGGUCAAGCGGCAGCUCGCGCAUCGACCGCCCAACCUCGUUUUCUGCAGACGAUCCGGCCGCUGCGGCCGUCGUCCGCCCUCCGCGGUCGCAGACCCUUGUAGGCCCGCCGCGUCCCGAAGCCCGUGGCCCGCCACUUCCUGGUGCAGUCGUCGCCCAGGCCCUCGAGGAGACUGAUGCUCUCAUGGCCUCAAUCGCCCGUCCGCCUGCAGCUGCCUCCCAUGGGCCGCCGCCGCCGCGGAAGACAUCCGGCCCGCCGAAUCCCGGCCUCACUACUAUGGCCGAAGCUGACAAUAUGCUCGCAUCGCUCCAUGGUGCUGGCCCGCCCAAGCCCAAGUCUUCCGGCCCGCCGAAUCCCGGCCUCACCACAAUGGCUGAGGCCGACAACUUGAUGGCCUCACUCCGGGGCGCUGGUCCGCCCAAGCCCAAGUCCUCCGGCCCGCCGAAUCCCGGCCUCACCACAAUGGCCGAGGCCGACGACUUGAUGGCCUCGCUCCGUGGCGCCGGUCCGCCCAAGCCCACAUCAGCAGGUCCGCCCACACCAGGCCUGACCACCAUGGCCGAGGCCGACGACCUGAUGGCCUCGCUCCGCGGCGCCGGUCCGCCCAAGCCCACAUCAGCAGGUCCGCCCACACCAGGCCUGACCACCAUGGCCGAGGCCGAUGACCUGAUGGCCUCGCUCCGCGCCGCCGGUCCGCCCAAGCCCACAUCAGCAGGUCCGCCCACACCAGGCUUGACCACCAUGGCCGAGGCCGAUGACCUGAUGGCCUCGCUCCGCGCCGCCGGUCCACCCAAGCCCACAUCGUCUGGUCCGCCCAAGCCUGGCCUUACUACCUUGGCUGAGGCCGAUGAUAUGCUCGCAGACCUCUCGGGGCCUCCGCGGCCGUCCAAGUCGGCGCCCAAAUCCAGCGGUCGGUCGCUGGCGGCACUCACUGCUGCCAAGCCGGCCGUCCCACGCAAGAUCUCGCUCACAACCCGACCUAUGACGCCUCCCCGCCCGUCCGGCCCGCCGCGUCCCGGUGGCCCCCCACCGCGCCCUGCUGCCCCGCUGCGUCCUGCCCCGCCCCGCCCAUCCCAAGGCCCGCCCAAGCCUCCUGCGGAUGCCGCCGCCAUGGCCGAAGCCGACGAUCUCCUCGCAUCGCUGCGGUGA